UUGUGGAAAGUAAAGUGAAUUUUGCGAAAGGAUAGUUUGUGCCGCUACUUGCGCGAACAACGUGUCACGUAUUCAAAACAGGAUUGAUUUAGAAAUUGGCCACAGUACCAAAUCAUUGUUGUUCGGUAAACACAACGGUACAGUGAUAGAGUACCGUGCCAUUCACCCUGUCGCAACAAAUAUUUUCAGCGUUGGGGUCGCUCGAAAGCGAAAUCUCCUUUUCCGGUGGUUUACGUGUGCGGAAACCUAGAGGACGAUGGGAAAGGCUAAGAAGGGCAAGAAGGAAGCAGCGGCUGGUGCUGGUUUGGAGGAAAACACCAGCGAUGUCGAAACGGUCCCGCAAACGGAUCUAACCGAAAUCGAGGUGGAGAAUCGUAAAAAUGAUAAGAAGUCUAAAAAGGAUAAGAAAGUGAAAAAGGCUGCCUCCGACAGUGACAAUGACGAGGAGCAUGAGGAGGUGACCGCGGUGGCAGAAUCGAUGAAGAAGCUGGCUGUGUCGAAGAAAAAGGACAAAAAAGCCAGCGAGCCGGUGGAGCAACAGGCCGUUGGAGGUGCUGGUAGUGACUCCGGGGAUGGCGAGAAUGAUGGCAAGGAAAAGGAAGUGAAAAAGAAGAAGGGUGCCAAGUCGGGACCGGUCGGAUUUUCGUUGCUCAUGAUGGACGACGACGACGACGAUGACGACGAUGGCGAUGAUGAGAAGCCAGAGGAAGUGGUGCGCAAGCAAUCGGCCGACGGUAAGGAAGGCAAGGGAAAGAAGACCAAGGCACCACAGACCAAGAAGGAACCUCCGAAGGACGACGACGAGGAUGGUGCGGCAAAGGGUGGCAAAAAGGGAAAGAAGAAGAAGAAGAAGGCUGAUGAGGAUGAUGAUGAGAUCGAGCGGAUGCUGGCGGAACUCGAUAUGGAAUACUCUGGGCAGAAGCCGGCAGCUACGGAGCAGCAACCGGAGGCACAGCAGCCAGAGAAAGUGGACAAGAAAAAGGAUAAGAAAAAGAAGAAAGAUGAACCAGUUGCUGCGGAAGUGGAGAAAGAAGCCCGGUCGGAGGAAGCCGAUGACGGUGUUCGUCUGAAGACGGCAGCUGAAAAGAAGAAAGAAAAGAAAGAACGUCAGAAAGCGGCCGCUAAGCAACAGGAUGACGAUGAGGAUGCUGGUAAGGAACCGCAAGAGAAACCAUCUGUGGCGCCGGAAGUGGAACCGGCCUCCGCCGAAGGUACCAAGAAGACUGGCAAAAAGAAGGGUAAGAAGGAAGAAACUGCUGUCGUCGAAGAAUCUACCCCAGCGGAUGCCCCGGCGAAGGAAGUCAAGGAGCCCGAGGGAGAGAAGGCCGAGAGUGGUGAUGGAGCGGCCGGUGAUGGUAAGAAGAAGAAACCGAACAAGGCAGCCCUAGCGGUCAUGCAGGAACGCUUGAAGGCGAUCCGGGAAGAGGAAGAGCGCCUGCGAAAAGAGGAAGAAGAAAAGCAAAGGCUCGAGGAGCAGGCCGAGGAGUACCGGUUAGAGCAGCUCCGGUUGGAACAGGAAAAGAAGGAAAAGAAGAAGCAACGGGAGAAGGAACGCAAGGAGCGACUGAAGGCGGAAGGUAAACUGCUAUCCGCAAAGCAAAAGCAGGACCGGGCCCGAGCUCAGGCCAUGCUGGAGGCACUGAAGGCGCAGGGCAUCGAGGUUCCCGAGGCGACCGGUGAGCGCCGCAUGCGCCCCGGUACGCGCAUCCGUCCGAAGAAGAACCAGGAGGCGAACAAGGACGCUGACGACUCGAAGGAAACAACGCCAACCGGUGACGACGGCAGCAAGGAGGGAGAGUCAAAGGUAGAGGAGAAGCCGAAGGAAAAGGAGAUAAAGGAAUCGUGGGACGCGUCGGACAGCGAGGAAGAGGAAGUGCCGGAAGCGAAGGGCGACGAGAAAGACAAGAAAAAUGCAGCCGGUACGUUAAGCCAGCAACAGUCGGUUGAAUCGAAGGACAGCCGUGGAUCCGAUGAUGAGGACGAUGAUGAUGAUGGCGAUGAUGGUUCCGAAGACGACGAUGAUUCCGACGACGAUGACGAUGAGGACGAUGAUGGAUCGGAAGCGGAAGGAAACUACCACCAGCGCGAAGCGGAGAAAAUGCGCCAACGAGCGCUGGAUCGUAUCGCUAAGCGCACGCAGGAUGCGGAAAAGAAGAAAACGUUGGAAAUUUUGCGCGCCGCCGUCGUCUGUGUGCUCGGGCAUGUGGACACGGGCAAGACGAAGAUCCUGGAUAAGCUGCGCCGCACGAACGUGCAGGAUGGCGAGGCGGGCGGUAUUACGCAGCAGAUCGGUGCCACGAACGUACCGGCGGAGAACAUCAAGGAGCAGACCAAGUUCGUGAAGGGCUUCCAGGAACUGGAGUUCAAGCUGCCCGGUCUGCUGAUCAUCGAUACGCCCGGGCACGAGUCGUUCAGUAAUCUGCGCUCCCGCGGGUCGUCCCUGUGCGACAUUGCCAUCCUGGUGGUGGACAUUAUGCACGGACUGGAACCGCAAACACUCGAGUCGAUCAAUCUGCUCAAGUCGAAGCGGACGCCGUUCGUGGUGGCCCUGAACAAGAUCGAUCGGCUGUACGACUGGAACACGAUGCCCCGCAAGGACGUGCGCGACAUCCUGAAGGGACAGGCGUCCAACACGCUGCUCGAGUUUACGCAGCGCACGAAGGAAAUCAUUGUCCAGUUCGCCGAGCAGGGCCUGAACGCCGCGCUCUUCUACGAAAAUCCCGACCCGAAGACGUACGUGUCGCUGGUGCCGACGAGCGCCAUCACGGGCGAGGGCAUGGGCAACCUGCUGUUCCUGAUCGUGCAAUUCUGCCAGAAGCAGCUGGCCAAGCGACUGAUGUAUAGCGAGGACCUGCAGGCGACCGUGCUGGAGGUGAAGGCGAUCCCCGGUCUCGGCACGACGAUCGAUGCGAUCCUCAUAAAUGGCAAGCUGCGGGAGGGUGACACCAUGAUCCUGGCCGGUACCGAGGGCCCGAUCGUUACGCAGAUCAAGGCCCUGCUUAUGCCGCAGCCGAUGAAGGAACUGCGCGUGAAAAAUGCGUACGUCGAGCACAAGGAAAUUAUGGCCGCGCAGGGUGUGAAGAUCGCCGCGAAGGAGCUGGAGAAGGCGAUCGCGGGGUUGAAUUUGCAGAUCGCCCAGAAGCCGGAUGAGGUGGAGAUUUUUAGGGAUAUAGUGGCUCGUGACUUAAAAUCCGCCCUGAACAGUAUCAAGCUUAGUGACCGUGGUGUGUACGUGCAAGCUUCAACGCUAGGUUCGCUCGAAGCAUUGCUAGAGUUCCUGCGUACGUCGAAGAUUCCGUAUUCGGGCAUUCGCAUCGGUCCUGUCGUGAAGCGUGACGUUAUGAAGGCCUCUACCAUGUUGGAGCACGAAAAUCAGUACGCUACGAUAUUGGCGUUUGACGUGAAGGUGGAACGCGACGCCCAGGAGCUGGCGGACAAUCUUGGCGUGAAGAUCUUCCAGGCCGAUAUCAUCUACCAUCUGUUCGAUAAGUUCAUGGCGUACCGGGAGGAAAUCAAGCAGCGCAAACGUGACGAGUUCAAGCAGAUCGCCGUGUUCCCUUGCAAGCUCAAGAUUCUACCUCAAUUUGUGUUCAAUUCCCGUGAUCCGAUCGUGAUGGGAGUGAUCGUAGAAGCCGGCAUUGUAAAGGAAGGAACACCCAUCACGGUACCUAGUAGGGAGUUCACGGAUCUCGGCGUCGUUACGUCGAUCGAAGCCAACCACAAACAGAUUGAGUCGGCACGCAAGGGACAGGAAGUAUGCAUCAAGAUCGAACCGAUUCCGAGCGAGACGCCGAAAAUGUUCGGCCGCCACUUCGACGAGACGGAUAUGCUAGUUAGUAAGAUUUCUCGCCAGAGCAUCGAUGCGUGCAAGGAUUACUUCCGGGAUGAUCUGCUAAAAUCCGACUGGACGCUCAUGGUAGAACUGAAAAAGACUUUCCAGAUAUUGUAGUCCGAUUACAGAUCAAAUCGUUCGCUGCAAUUUUGUUUUCUUCUUUGGUUUCCUGUUAUUUCGUUUUCGGCAAAACUGCUUCUUUUUCCGUACCACGUGCAUGAUUUUUAAAUGUUUGUUGUUUUUGAUUUGUUUGCAAGCAAGCAAAUGAGUUGUCCACGAUCUAAGUCAUUUUUUGUCAAAACAUAUAAUUUUAUAAUUCUUAUUUUCCAAGCAAUUAUUUGUAAAAUUUUGCCCAUUUGCGUGGUUUUAAUUUUCAC